AAAAUGCACCGGAGUUCCAUUUUCAUGCUUUACAUACAUUGCCAUCUCCGUUUCACAAACCCUCCAUUCUAGUCCGAAACUCCACGGCACUCUUCCAAUUCGUCUCUUAACCUUUCCAGGUUUUGUUCUAUUCGCCUGCCUACUUGAGAGGUGUGGCAUGAUCAUGUUGUUACUAGACAACUGAGAUUCAUUGCCGUAAAAAAAGUUUCAAAUCACGAGGCGGCAGUAUCAUACGCCAAUAUUUCGAUGUUGACCAAUUGAGACUCACAUACAUUUCGGGUGGUCGCUGCUGUUAUUAGACAGCUCACAAGAGAUUUUUCGAUCAUCCGAAUAUUCAUUUUAUGGGCGGAGGAGAUUGGGACUUGGGGACAAAUACCCAAGUAUCGGCGAUUAGCAUCACAAGAUUGUCAGCUUAGUUCUGAGCUCCUACUUACGAUAUUCUCGCGCAACGAGAACUAUCGUGUCUGAAGUCCUUCCGGCGCAUCAUUUCUCGUUUAGACUCUGCCUAUUCUUGACCUUCAGUUUUGGGCAAUGUGUAAGGAGCUCUACCAACGUUGGAAUGGCUGCUCCUGCUGGGGUUUCAUACAGCCUCAAACUUGCGCCGAAUUGUUUAAAAGGUGCCUGGGACCUAGAGGUGAGGUGGACAAAGUUGUCAUCAAAUGGAACGACGGAAUGUGCAACGAAUGCUGGGAUAGGCUCUGGCAAGAAGCAAGAGAGAUGGCAGAGGCCGAAACAGCAGCCGAAGCCCUAGCAGCAGCCUCUGCUUCUUCUGAGAGUCGUUCGUCUCGCAGCUAAGGCCAAGGCCUUCGGGCAAAGGAUACACCUCAGUACCAACGAUCCUACCUACCUAUGUACAAUACAUACAGAUGUAGGUAGGUACUGGUAACAGCGAAAUCGGACAAGGUAUAACUGAGUUGGGAAAUAAUCCCAGCAUCUCAAAAACGUGGAGAGGCACUGAAGGCUUUUAGUUCGAGAAGAUCAAACGAUAAGCCAUGCAUAUAAAAAUGGGGUACCAAGUCCAUGUACUCUCGAGUAUCUUUGUCCUUUUUUUCCCUUUUUUAUUAUUAUGAGACCAGAAGAUCAUGUUUAUGAAAAUAGGAGAGAAAAGGUGUGUUUGGUAGGUAGUACCUUAUGUAGAUUAGUACAUACAUACAUACAUAAUACCUACAUAGGAUUAUAGGCAUUGUGUAGUUAGAAUGGGGGGUAACAGAUAAUGAAUUCAAUCAUUGAUGUUAUUCAGUGAAAAGGUGAGAAAGUGAAAA